CCUGUUUCUCUUUUUUGUAUACCUUUUCCUGCUGUGUACUGCACAUUCAAUUUUCAGGACUAGGAUUUUACAUACACCCAAGGGACUCUGUACAUUCCCUUGUGAGAUAACGGGAACUCUGCUGAUUUCCUAUAACCAGAAAGAAUGGCAGUGGUAGACUUCUGGAUCCAGCAAGUCUUCCACAGCAAGUUUCGUGCCAUAUCUUGUUUUCUAUGUCUGCAGUACAAAGAGGCACGUGAACAGAGGCAGUUUUCCAAUCAGGUCGUGCAUCGACCAACCUUGUGCCGUGUCUGCACACACUGUAGUGACAGUAUGGGAAAGGUGGGCGACUGUGUUUCUCUCUCUCUCUCUCUGUCGAUGGAUCAUCUGAUCUUAAAUGUCCGAGUUGAAGCUCCAUUUUCUUCUGUAGACGUUGCCUUAAAUGGACAAGCAGCUGCGACCGUUUCAAGGUCCAGCAGCGCGAGAAGUGAGAGCAUAUGCUUGAAAUGAGAAUGUCGUGAUGCACAGAAUCAAUUCUUCCUUUCCUCCUUUUUGCUUUGUACAUGUAGCCAGCAACUGCAGAACUGAAUGAAUUUAACUUGCCAACGAACACAGUGGCAUGAUUCCAAGCAAAUGCAAAACCCAUAAGUAGAGCAGAGAAAGUCGUACCCAUUCAAACAUAUAGAUUUUUUAGAUGUGCAUUUUUCAAUCGUACGAUUACGGUUCUUCAACGUUCACAUUUAGGAUAGAGACUUCUAUCGCAUCAAGUAGACCACAUACAGCAGCUUACUGCGUUCGGCGCGCCGUGACAAGCCGAACGGCUAUGCGGAUCUGGAGGGACCGCGUCCCUGCCUCCAAAUGUGUGGGGGAAGGCUAUAAUCCCGCGCUCCUUCCCCAUCCAUACUCUUCUGACGUCUUUCAUUGUCCCCGUCUCUCACCCUCUCGCUCACUACCAUCAUCCCUCCUUUGCCUCAACUUCAAUCAGUCGGCUCUCACUGUCGUCGUCACUCAGGCUUCAAUUUCAACCACGUAGCUCUUACUAUCGUCGUCCCUCAGACUCAUACACCAUGGCUACCUCCAAGCCCACCCUUGUCAUCAUCCACGGCGCCUGGCACACGCCCGCAAACUACUCCAGCCUUACCACGGCCCUCGAGGCCGCUGGCUACGAGGUUGAUGUGCCCCGCCUGCCGUCCAUGAACGAGGCUCGCCCACCAACUGCUGACCUCGGUACCGACACGGAUCACGUACGCUCCUACGUCGAGAAGCUCGUCAACGACGGAAAAGCCGUCGUCGUCAUCAUGCACUCGUACGGUGGCCAGGUCGGCACCAACGCCCUCCAUGGCCUGGGCCUCCAGGAGCGCGCAAAGGCGGCCAAAGCUGGCGGCGUCUCGCACCUCAUCUACAUGUGCGCCUUUGCUCUCCCGGAGGGUGGCAGCAUGGUCGGCAAGGUCAAGGAAUUUGGCCAUGAGGAUCUCAUCCCGCUGGCCUUCGACUUCGCCGACGACAUGACGGUGCUGAUCCGCGACCCGAAGACGCUGCUUAUCGGUGCUGACUCAGGGCUGGGCGACGACGAGGUCGAGUCGUAUCUGCACAAGCUAGUCCGCUGGAACGGCGCGGCCAUGUACCAGGAGGUGUCGCAGUGCGCAUGGAGGACCAUUCCUGUCAGCUACAUCUACACGAGCCAAGACAUGAUUGUGCCACUGGAUUACCAGAAGUCCAUGGUGGAGGAGUUGCAGAAGCAGGGCCGGGAGGUACAGACCUACCAGCUGGAGACGAGCCACUGCCCGAAUUUGACGGCGACGGCAGACGUCGUCGAUAUCGUCAACAAGGUCGUUGGUUAGACAAUGUAUUGGCGGUAGAGCUCGGUCUAAUCGACGUCCUUGAAUAGGGGCAAAAGGUCAUAGUAGAAGAGGAUUGUUGACAUGUUCUUGGGGAAGUUGCGGGGCGGUGUGAAGAGGCGACGAAAACUGAGACGAAGUCAUGUGGCAAAGAUCAUCACGCCUAACAUACAUUCUCGAGAUAUUUCUCUCGGCGUAUUCAAAUUUUUUAAAUAUCUUCUGAACAAGGAGAGCCACAAACUAACGUAAAACUUUAAGUACAUCUUUGUUCUCUUAGUAAGGUUAGUAUCUACUUUAAAUAAUUAACAGCGAAAUUUUUAUUAGUAAGUUAUAGAGUGAUUUUUUUUGUUGUUAAAAAAUUUCAUCAUCUUUAAAAAAUCUUUUCUUUGCGGAUGGCGUUAACCAGGCAAGCACAUUGGGUAUGUGCAAUAUUAAUUUGUCAUUUUCUUGAACUGGCCAUCAGCGCAAAGUUUUUGAGGUUGAUAUCAAACGUACAUUGAGGUUAGCGACAAAUUUCGUAGAACAAAGUUUGAAUUAACCGUGCUUCAAAUCCUACCAAGAGUGUUUCUUUCAUAUUCAAGUGUGUGCUCUCCUUUAUGUUUCAUAGCAAUCUAUUUCUACUUUGCCUCAGGCCAAUUAUUGUUUCAGAAUUUAGGAUUGCAAGACAUCAACUUUUGGCGACCUAAAGAACAAGUUAAUACCUCCG